UUAUCCUAUGAUUAUAUCAUCAUCAUCAUCACAUAGCAGCUCUGUUUAACAGAGAGAUCAAGAGAUACAGCUCACUCGUUUUCCUUCCCCGUUGUCAAGACCCGCCCCCUUUAAUAUGUAUCUUGUAUCUCCAGUACCAAACCACUGGACGCUAAAGAGCUACAGUGCACUAAUCUAGCUGUAAGGUUGGGUAGUUUAGCGCCUACAUAUCGGCCCUGUAAUACAUACCAAAAGCUACAUAUGUAGGCACCUAGUAAUAGGUACAUAAUAACUGCUUGCGAAGCCGAGGUUGCGAUUGAUGCUCAAUCGUCGUCAAGGAAUCUCGAACUUGACCGUUGACCUGCAUGGACUCGCAUAUUCCCCCUGCAAUGGGCUAGCCACAAUUGGUACCUGCAUCAAUUAUCUACUUAUGUGCUAUAUUCUCUCUCCCGGACGGUCUGGAAGUCUCGGCCAAAAAGCACGCGUCGAGACGGAUGCGCGUGGCACGUGCUAUCCCCAUCAUCACUUUCAACAAUGACAUCGUCCACUCCGCUCCUCCAAAGGCCCCGUCAAGUCCAAGAGAGGCUGAAUAAGGCUGUCCCGCCGAUUUUACGGCCGGCGCUUAGAGCCUAUGUCCUGGGGUAUGCAUCGGCCGUCGCACCGCGGGUUCUGACGUUGAUUCUACAACAUGGAGCGAGGUGGAGGAAAGGCAGGGGUCUGAAGAAGGACAACGCCCAGCCACAGCGAGACUCAUUUGCUGCAUCCCUAAGACAUGUGCUUUGUAGCGGACUCGACCCUCAACGCUUUCCGACUUUUUGUGCUGCCCUGGUUGGCGGUACUACACUCUUAGAUAUUCUUGUUAGAAGACUAAUAAAUCGCUUGAAAACAAAGCUGUCAGCUGUAGCUAGACGAAGACUUUCGAUAUGGGUCUCAUCAUUCAUUGCCGGCUGGCUGAGCCUGCGGCUUCUACAAUCUAAGAAAACCGAGGCAUACGCAGCCAAAACUAACGCCACAGAAAGUGGCAAGCAGAGAAUCAUCCAGUAUGCAGGACGAACGCUUGACCUCACCCUCUUCGCCGCUACCAGAGCUGUCGACGUCGUAGUUGGCGAAUUAUGGUCGCAAAGACGGCAGCGCCGCGUCGCCGCUGGUCGAUGGUCGUGGCUUGACUCGUUCAUAUCAAACAUGGCCGACCCGUCCAUAUUCGCAGUGUCCUGCGCACUGAUAAUGUGGGCCUGGUUCUACGCACCCUCGGGGCUGCCCCAAUCCUACAACAAAUGGAUCAGCUCCGCCGCCGCCGUCGACGCGCGACUCAUCGAGGCUCUACGGCGGUGUCGUAAAGGCGAGCUGCGCUACGGCGAGGAGACCGGUCAAGCGCCGCUCUUACAAGCCAUGUGCAAAGAUUUCAAGUGGCCCUUAGAAUGGGGCGACCCUGCGAGGACGGUGCCGUUCCCCUGCGAGAUGGUGCACAUGGGAUGCGGCCCAUCCUGCGAAUACCACGCCCUAUCCCGCUUUGUCCGCUCCUUCAAGUGGUCCAUGGCAACAUAUCUACCCCUAAACAUUCUCGCCCGAAGCAAGAACCCCACGGGCUUCCGGCGGGCUCUCACCUCCGCCGCGCGCUCCUCUUCGUUCCUCGCGACCUUUAUCGCGCUGUUCUACUACGGCGUCUGUCUCGCGCGGACGCGAGUCGGGCCUCAUCUGGGUGAUAAACACGACGUCGGGACCCGUCAGACCAUCGAUGCCGGCGUUUGUGUGGGCUGUGGCUGCUUCAUGUGCGGGUGGAGCAUAUUCUUCGAGGCAGCGUCACGGCGGAAAGAUAUGGCGCUUUUCGUAGCACCGAGGGCCCUGGCUACGCUCUUGCCUCGACGCUAUCCGCUCGAAAAGCAGUGGAGGGAGACGUUUGUCUUCGCGUUCAGCACGGCUGUUGUGUUUACCUGCGUCCGUGAGAACCGGAACAGGGUCCGCGGCGUGUUGGGGAGUGUGCUGGGAUCUGUCCUGGAGACUUGAUUAAGCGAUCGACGAAGCAACAUUUGUAUAAAGAUUUGAUCAUGGGAGCUGUAACAUACGGUUAUAGGCCUCUGGUGCAUACAUGUAUUAAGAUGUAAAGUAUAGUAAUAGUAAUCCAUUGUAUAGUAACAUCUACUGUUUGCGGCGCUUGGUAGCAUAACAGUCGUGCAAUAUUGACGAUGUCAUCAACUACUUU